GUUUGGGUGAUUGUAAUUUGUCAACCAAGGAGUGCGCGCUGUCCCACGUGGGUUGUUAGGAGUGUGUGGAUUUCUGAAUUCCUGCGUUGGCAAUACGGAGUUAGGUCUUUUCCAGCCCUAACAUUCUUAAUGACUUUAAAAAUCAGACAUUCAUCUUGAAUUCUCAGUCUUUUUCUGUGUGACACUUCCCACGCCGCGACUGAAGUGAUGAGUCCUAUAUUCGCUGCAUCUCUUCGGACCUUGCGCUGACUAGUUUGGAAGCACAACAGCGGGGUUUUCACUCUGCUCCAGGGGCCCGGCAGCACGACCCUUCCUUCCGGCAGUCACUGUGGUGGUUGCAAACGCGGACCUCAGGUUAAAAUUCUAGUCUCCUGACCCCAAGCCAGUGAGUUCAGAAGAGAGUCCGUUUCCAGACUUAAACAGGGCUUCCAGUGAUGCGCCGCUGUCACUGCCGGUUUCCUGGCCAGAGAUGGUGUCUUUUUGUAUCUCCAUUGUUCAGCAUAAUACCUGAGUGACAGCAAUGGGCCAGCAGAGAGAAGAGAUUCCAUCUUCCAGAGGUCGCCACUGUCUGCCUCCCCACUUGUCCCCAUCCUCAGUCAUCUUUUUAAAAAUACACGAUGCCAUUAUUAUCUCAGGAACUGAAAUGGCCAAACAAAUCCAGAAAGAAAUACAAGAGGGUGUGGAGUCCUGGAUUUCCCUUGGGAACAGAAGACCUCACCUCAGUAUCAUUUUAGUGGGAGAUAACCCAGCAAGCCACACCUACGUCAGGAAGAAGAUCCGAGCCGCCUCUGCUGUAGGUAUCUAUAGUGAGAUCAUUCUAAAGCCUAAGGAUGUUUCUCAAGAAGAGCUUUUGGAUAUAACUGAUCAAUUGAACAUGGACCCAAGAGUCAGUGGCAUAUUAGUUCAGUUGCCACUGCCAGAUCAUGUGGAUGAGCGAACAGUAUGCAAUGGAAUUGCCCCUGAAAAAGAUGUAGAUGGAUUUCAUAUUAUCAAUAUUGGAAGACUGUGCCUUGAUCAGCAUUCUCUCAUACCUGCCACUGCCAGUGCUGUUUGGGAAAUAAUCAAAAGAACAGGAAUUGAAACAUUUGGGAAAAAUGUGGUUGUGGCUGGAAGGUCCAAGAAUGUAGGGAUGCCCAUUGCCAUGCUUCUACACACUGAUGGAGAACAUGAACGACCAGGAGGUGAUGCAACAGUGACAAUAGCUCACAGAUAUACCCCCAAAGAACAACUGAAGAUCCAUACUCAGCUGGCAGAUAUUAUCAUAGUCGCUGCAGGUAUUCCAAAGUUGAUCACAUCUGAUAUGAUUAAAGAAGGUGCUGCUGUAAUUGAUGUGGGUAUCAACUAUGUCCACGACCCAGUAACAGAAAAGAUAAAAUUAGUUGGAGAUGUGGACUUUGAAGCUGUGAAGAAGAAGGCUGGCUUCAUCACUCCAGUUCCAGGAGGCGUGGGACCCAUGACGGUGGCCAUGCUUCUGAAGAACACCCUCCUGGCAGCUAAAAAAGUCAUUUACUAGGUCGCAUGAAAGAACGAAGCAAGCUGAAAUCAUGCUAUUUAUUUACUCGACAAGGGGGAAAAUCCUUUCUAUUUUACUACAAAGCUAUUUAUUUCUACAUUGUAUUUAUUUUUUCAUGGAUGGAAUCACUGUGGAUCAGAGGAUUCACACAAUUGUAUGCAUUUCCUGCUAACAGAUUUUGAGUUUUAGGGAAAAACAAAACCAUUCCAGUGGAAAUACUGGUAACAUUUAUUUUAUGAAUAAUAUUUGUUCAUAAUGUUAAAACAAUAAAGGGCUCAUAAUAAAUAAUAUAUUUUGACACAAUUAAAUAUCACAUGCCAUAUGUUUUCAACAAAUGUUUUGUCAGCCAAAUGGACACCCAUGUAAAAUGUAAUUCAGGUUUUGCCAUAAGCUUGAUCAAUUUUUAAAUAUUUUAGUUCUAUAUCAUAUGCUAAAAAAGAACUAAGUUGCUAAAAGAAAGAUAAAAUAUAAAAAAUAAAAUAUUCAUCUUAUAUAUCUCCUAAAUGCAUCCUAUGAGGCAUCCUAAUAAUAAAUAAUGUUUAAUCAAGGAAAAAGAAGUAUACAAGGAAAACAAAAAAUACAGUGCUGCUUGGGAAGGUAAUGAUUAUGUGAAAUGAUAAAUGACUACUUGUUAUAGUAAAAAUGUAAUAAGAAUGUAUUAGGUUUACAUGUAAUUUCUUUGUUGUUCUAGAAAAAUAUGUGGACAGUGCCUUCUUUGAGGAAUAAUAGAAAAUCCAAAAGCAAACAAAUGCACAAAACAAAAUUAAGGUGGCCUUUCCCCACAAAGAUCAGGAAAAUAUGGCAUAGUAUGAGUUAAGCCUUCAUUAAAGAACAAAUUACGUUUUUUCACAAAUGCAGGAAUCUAUUGGUAAAACACACAAACAGUGUGCCAAUGUUAAACAUUAGAAUAUGACUAAAAAUCUACUGUUUUCUUUCCCACAGUUCUACCCUCUUCUCUUAUAGCAUUUGGUUCUCAAAGUAGAUGCAAUGCUUCUAACACAACUUAAAUUUAGGAAAUACAUGUGACUCUCAGUUGAAGGUAUCUUGAGACUGCUCUAGCCACAUAAUUGUAUUGUUUUCAUACUCAAAUCCCAGUACAUUUAUGUACCAAUAAUAAUUCUUACCCAAUGCAUGUUUUUAAUGAUGUGUAUACUUAUUAUUUAUGUGAGAAUAGACUAGAUGUUUAUGAUUAAUAGUAUUUUAACUGUAUAAUAAAAGCAAUUUGAAUAAGAA